UGUGUGUGUAUAAGAGUACAGACUGAGGAUGGGCAAUGCAGCUAGCAGCAUGGAGAUGUCUCCGGCGAAGGAGAUUAAAAGCCAACCCACGGCGUCGUCACCCCUGCCCCCCAAGCAGCCGGCGCCCCCCAAACAACCUAUGCCAAGCUCUGGGGAACUGGAAGAACGAUUCACCCACGUACUGAAUUCCAUGAACUUGCCGCCAGACAAAAUGAAGCUACUGAGCCAGUAUGACAACGAAAAGAAAUGGGAGUUGAUCUGUGACCAGGAAAGGUUUCAGGUCAAGAACCCGCCUUCUGCCUACAUCCAGAAACUGAAGAGCUACCUGGACACGGGUGCAUUCAGCGGAAAGUUUAAGAGACGGGCUCAAGAGUCCACCCAGAUUCUUCGGGAGCUGGAGAUAUCUUUGAGGACAAACUACAUAGGCUGGGUCCAGGAAUUCCUGAACGAAGAAAACAAAGGACUCGAUGUGUUGGUGGACUACCUCGCCUUUGCCCAGUGCUCUGUCACGUAUGAUAUGGACAGCACUGACAAUGGGAGCCCUGGGUCCGACAAGGGGAAGGCCCUGGACAGAUCUAUGGAGGACCUCAGCAGAAGCAGCAACUCCCCUACGCAGGGCUCCUCCAAAACAAGGCACCUGACUGUCAGGUGUUGCCAUUUGAACCAGCAGCUCCAAACAUUCUUUCAGCAAGUCCACCCAAGCAUCCCCUCCUCCAGCGCCCCCGGGAGCGAGCAGGACUCUAGGCCCAGGCCUCCUCUCAACUCCUACUCACCGCGACUCAAUCUGGCACACAGCAGGAAGGCGCUGAGGAACUCGCGCAUCGUCAGCCAGAAGGACGAUGUCCACGUGUGCAUCAUGUGCCUCCGUGCCAUCAUGAAUUACCAGUCCGGCUUCAGCCUCGUGAUGAACCACCCAGCCUGUGUCAAUGAAAUCACACUGAGCCUCAACAACAAGAACCCCAGGACUAAAGCCCUCGUCCUGGAGCUGUUGGCGGCUGUCUGCUUGGUCCGAGGGGGACACGACAUCAUCCUGGCUGCGUUUGACAAUUUCAAAGAGGUCUGCGGUGAGAAGAACCGCUUUGAGAAGCUGAUGGAAUAUUUCCGAAAUGAAGACUGCAACAUUGAUUUCAUGGUUGCUUGCAUGCAGUUCAUCAAUAUUGUGGUUCACUCUGUGGAGAACAUGAAUUUCCGGGUCUUCUUGCAAUAUGAGUUCACACAGUUGGGACUGGAUGAUUACCUAGAGAAGCUGCGCUAUUCGGAGAGUGACAAGCUGCAGGUGCAAAUCCAAGCCUACCUGGACAACAUAUUUGAUGUGGGCGCCCUGCUGGAGGACACCGAAACCAAAAACGCUGUCCUGGAGCACGUGGAGGACUUGCAGGAGGAAGUUGGACAGCUUGCUGAGAAACUCCAGGAUGCCGAGAACGAAUCCAUGGCCAAAGUCGCAGAGCUGGAGAAGCAGCUGUGCCAGUCGCGCCGCGAGGUGGAGGCCCUGAGAGCACGGACCAUGGGCAAUGAGCAGGAUAGGACAAACAGCCCAAGGAGUCCCUCUUUGCUACAAAUGCCACAGCCCCAGGGGUCCCUGCAGUACCCUGCCUUGGAGCGCAAACUAGAGGAACUUGAAGACAAGGGGCUAAUCCGGAUCCUGCGCGGACCUGACGGAGAUGUCAUUGUUGGCAUUGAGGUCAUCCCGGUCAUUGUGGAAGCCUCAGGAGCCUCUUCAGUUACCAUUGAUGCACCUUCGUCAACCAGCACAGAUUUUCCUUCGCCGUCCACAUCUCCUGUUCCUCCUCUUGCCCCUGAAAUCCCACCAGCCCCGCCCCUGCCUUUCACCAAGGACAGCAGCUCCCUGGUUCCUUCAUCCUCUCAAGAGGAAGCUCCUCCUCUUCCCCCUCCAGCUCCGCCUCUUCCGGGGAUCAGCGUCCCUCCUCCUGCCCCGCCGCUUCCUGCGGUAGGAACUACAGCUCCUCCUCCACCACCGCCACCACCCCUCCUGCCAGCGGACGGUCCGGUUCCUCCUCCUCCCCCCCCUCCGCCGAUGGCUGAUGGUGCAAAUCUCCCAGGAGUCACAGUAACCUCAGCUGUCAAGAUCAAGAAGCCAAUACAAACGAAAUUCCGGAUGCCCAUCUUCAACUGGGUGGCUCUGAAGCCCAACCAGAUCAACGGCACGGUCUUCAACGAACUCAAUGACGAGAAGGUCCUUCAGGAGCUUGACAUGAACGACUUUGAGGAGCAGUUCAAAACCAGAGCUCAAGGCCAGGCCCGUGAGCUCCCUGCCCUGAAGGCAAAGGCUUCCCAGAAGAAAGCCCCCAGCAAAGUGAUGCUGAUUGAAUGCAACCGGGCCAAGAACCUGGCCAUCACUCUUCGCAAGGCGGGGCUCAGCAUCGACGGCAUUUGCAAGGCCAUCCAGGUAUAUGACCAGCAGUCCCUCAGCCUUGACUUCUUGGAGUUGUUGAUGCGCUUCAUCCCCACGGAAUACGAGCUGACGGUGAUUCGCAGGUACGAGAAGGAGCAGCGGCCGCUGGACGAGCUUUCGGAUGAGGACCAGUUCAUGAUUAAAUUCAGCAAGAUCCCUCGCCUGGCGGAACGCAUGAACAUCAUGACCUUCCUGGGCAACUUCGGAGACACCGUCCAGCUCCUUCUACCCCAACUCAAUUCCAUCAUUGCUGCUUCGAUGUCGCUCAAGGCUUCUACCAAACUGCGCCAGAUUUUGGAGAUUGUCCUGGCAUUUGGGAACUACCUGAAUAGCAGCAAGCGGGGAGCGGCCUAUGGGUUCCGCCUGCAGAGCCUUGAUGCCCUCCUGGAUAUGAAAUCCACAGACCGGAAGCAGACGCUGCUUCAUUACAUUGUGCGAGUGAUCCAGGAGAAAUACUCUGACCUCACAAACUUCGCCAAUGACCUGCACUUCCUGGAAAAAGCAGCAGCAGUAUCCCUGGACAGUGUGCUCCAAGAUGUGCGGGGCCUACAGAAGGGCAUGGAGCUCACGCGCAAAGAGUUCAUGCGCCAGGAUGACAGCGCUGUGCUCAAGGACUUCCUCAAGGCCAACACAGAAGUGAUGGAGAAGCUCCAGGCCGAUGGCAAAACUGCGCAGGAUGCCUACGAGUUGACAGUGGAGUAUUUCGGGGAAAACCCAAAGACUACCCCUCCGACAAUGUUCUUCCCCACGUUUGUGCGCUUCGUCAAGGCAUACAAGAAAGCGGAAGAAGAUAUCCAGUUGUGGAAGAAGCAGGAAGCAGCGGCCAAAGUGGAGGAGGUGAACUCCCUCAACCAGGAGGAAAAGGCAGCUCCAAAGUCUCCCACCCACAAGGCCAAGCGGCAGCAGAUGGACCUCAUUUCUGAGCUGAAGAAGAAGCAGCUGGUGAAGGAGCCCCUCAUUUAUGAGGAGAAAGAUGGAGCCAUCGAGGACAUUAUUACAGGCCUGCGCAACCAGCCGUACCGGCGGGGGGACACCGGUCGGCACAGCGCCAGGAAACGGGCCGUGGGGCAGACGCUGCAGGUGACUGCCGACAUCUCGCUGUGACAGCCCCGAAUGAGAACAGCAAGCUAGCCAAGCCUUGGUUUGGAGGUGCGAGGCAAGGACUGGGGGGGUUCCUGGCCGACGGGCUUGGACCAAAAGCUCCUCACACCAAGGAACAGCAAAAACUCAGGGCAGGGCGAUCCCUUCCCU